AUGGCAUACGGCGCCCUCCCUGUCUACGUCAAUGGGAAGCCUGUCGGCGGCAUUCCUGGGCUGGACGCCUGGGCUGGUCUGGAUCUCCCCGUCUUUCUUAUCGCCGGCGAGAAGGAUCACCUGACGCCUCCAGGGGAAGUCGACAAGAUUACGCAGGCUCUGAGCUCCGGCAGUCCUGAUUCAGACACCAAGGACGCCGGACGGCCUGAGCUCGAGAGCGCCGAGGCUGCGGGGCCGGUUAACCUAUCGUCAAGGCCAGAGGAUCAUAUCCCCCGGGCCCCGAGUCCCCCCGAGGACGGCCAUCCUAGCGCAAGCAACCUUGAUCACGGCGACGCCCCCGAAGAUGAUGCGCACCAAGAUCCAUCAACCCCCCUCGAAUCCGAAUUCCCAGAGGCCACGGGGUCACCCACCCCGCUGCCGCCCCAGCCCCAGCACCCUCCCAAAGCGGUGCAGUCGAUUGUGAUGCCGGCGCCUGCGAACCACGCUCUGCUGUACAUGCCGCGCUCUGCCCGGGCACUGGCUGGCCACGUCUCCGACUUCCUGGCGGUCCGUGUCACACGAAGGCUUUCGCUCGCCUGGCAGCUGCAAUACCUCUCGCGCUCGGGCAAGUGGGACGUCAAGAACCUCAACAAAUGGAAGUCGGUGGCGCCUGUCUCGGAAGUCAUUGGCCCUGAGGGUAAGCCUAUAUUCCGGGCCAUGAAGACGUUGCGCGAGGCAGACGACGUGCACUGCCCGAUGGCGUUUGUGGAGAAAUGGGGCGCCGUAGUCAAGGACGUUAUCGACAUCUCCAAGGACCAGCCCGUCUAUGACCCGCGAGGUCUAGAGCGCGGAGGCGUGCAUUACCACAAGUUCCCCACCGUCUCCAAGGUGCCCCCGGAGGCGCACGAGGUCGAGGCCUUUAUAGACCUCGUUGACAGGCUGCGAGACGCGCAGGAGGAGCGGGCCACGGCCGAGGCGUGGGAGGACGCGCAGGCGUGCGUCGUCGGGGUGCACUGCCACUACGGCUUCAACCGCACCGGCUACUUCAUCGUGUGCUACCUGGUGGAGCGCUGCGGGUUCGCGGUGCCGGACGCGAUCGAGGCGUUUGCCAGGGCAAGGCCUAACGGGAUACGCCACUCGCACUUUUUGGACCGGCUCUACGUGCGCUACAAUGCUUAA